UUUGUGAAGAAUUUACACCACUAAAGCCAGAGCUUAUAAUACGAGAGAAUCAACCAAUAGAAUUACCGCCGGAUGUCGCAAGAGGUUAAAUAAAACAAUGAACAACAAUGUGCGCUCAAAAUUCAACGUUUUCGAAAAUGGUUGUAAAGAAAAAAUCGAUUACCUACAGGAACGGCAAGAUUCUGCACUUACUCAUAGCAAUUCAAUAGGGUCCACGAUAACCAAACUUCAUAAGUUCGGAAUAACUAAUUCAAAAUUCGAUGAACUAGAUAAUAUUGAAAAGACCAUUGAUAAGAUAAAUUCGAGUACCGACGAGGAAAGCGAUAUGGUUUUUUUGUGCUCCAGAAAGAAUAUUGAAAGGGAAAGGCCUGUGGGCUUGGGAGAAGCAAUGAAUGAUAUUAGAUCAAAGUUCGAGCAAUCUGAAGUGAUGACAAAAGAAGAACGUCGCGAAGAAAGGAAACAGGAAAUACAGAGCAUACUUUCUCGACUAUUUUUAUAAAAUUAUAAUUUUAUUAUAAAUGCCUUU